AUGAUCGAGGACCGACCCCCUCCCCCUUCCAGGACCGCAGGAGCCGGGGCCUCUUGCCGCCUGCACCUCCUCCGCGAGCCCCAGGUUCCCUGCAUCGGGAACUCGGGGUGCGUCCUGCAAUUGGAGGGAGAUUCCGAUGCAAGAUCGUCCUAUUUGGACUUGGUGGUUUUUGAGGAUGUGGCUGUGGACUUUACUCAAGAGGAGUGGUCUUUGUUGGAUCUUGCGCAGAAGAACCUCUACCGAGACGUGAUGCUGGAGAACUUCCAGAACCUGGCUUCACUAGGGUAUCUGCUACACAUACCCCCUCUGAUCUUGCAGUGGAAGCAAGAGAAGGACCUGGAAACUGUGGAGAGGACACUUAUCCAGGCCACUUGCACAGGAGAACAUCAGGACGACUUUGAAGUUCAACUUAAAACCCAGGGAUCAAUUUUCCAGCAAAAUAGUUUUGGGAAAAAAUUAUCCAAUGAACAGAAAAUAGUAAAAUUAAAAAGAAAUGUUUCUUGUUCCUCUAUUUUACAUGAAAACAAUGAAUACUAUGGUAUUGAUAAUCAGAACAGUGACCAUGAGAGACUUUUGAGAGGAAGUCCUGUGGUGAAGAAUAUCUAUGAAUAUAAUGAAGGAAAUCGAUGUGGAGAAGUCUUCAGUCAAAUUACACAUCUUAAUGAGGCCAAGAAGAAAGCAACUAAAGUAAAACCCUGUGAAUGCCAUAAGUGUGGACAGGUCUUUAGGGAUCAUUCAUCUCUCAAAAGCCACAUUAAAUCUCACCCUGGAAGCAAACCAUACCAGUGUAAGGAAUGUGGGAAAGCCUUCCAUUUUUUUGCUUCUUUUAAGAAACACGUGAAAACUCUCAUUGAAGAGAAACCCUUUGAAUGUAAAGAAUGCAGCAAAGCCUUUAACUGUUCCUCAUCCUUCAAAACACACAUGAAGAGUCAUACUGCAGAGGUAAAGUAUGAGUGUAAGGAAUGUGGGAAAGCCUUUAGCUGCACCUCGUCCCUCACGGAACACAAACGAGUUCACAGUGGACUCAAGCCUUAUAAAUGUAAGGAAUGUGGAAAGGCCUUCAGUUGCUCCUCUUCCCUCUCAAAACAUAAACGAAUUCACAGUGGAGAUAAGCCAUACGAAUGUAAAGAAUGUGGAAAAGCUUUUACUUCUUCCUCCCACCUUAUAAUACAUAGCAGAAUCCACACUGGAGAGAAACCUUACGAAUGUAAGGAGUGUGGGAAGGCCUUCAGUGAGUCCUCCAAGCUCAGUGUACAUGUGAGAACUCAUACUGGCGAGAAGCCUUACAAAUGUAAGGAAUGUGAAAAAGCAUACAAUUGUCCCUCUUCCCUGAAUAUCCAUAUGAGAAAACACACUGGAGAAAAGCCUUACGAAUGCCUGGAAUGCGGAAAAGCCUUCUAUCUUCCUACUUCUCUUAAUGCACACGUGAAAAAUCAAAGCAAAGAGAAGCCAUAUGAAUGCACGGAGUGUGGGAAAGCCUUCAGUUGUCCCUCAUCCUUUCGAACGCAUGUGAGAGAUCACACUGGAAAGCUGCAGUAUGAAUGUAAGGAGUGUGGGAAAGUCUUCAGUCGUUCCUAUUCCCUCACUGAACACUUAAGGACACACAGUGGAGAGAAACCUUAUGAAUGUAAGGAGUGUGGAAAAGCCUUUAUUAGUUCAUCUCACCUUACAGUGCAUAUAAGAAUUCAUACUGGAGAAAAACCGUAUGAAUGUAAGAAAUGUGGGAAAGGUUUUAUCUAUCCCUCUGCCCUUAGAAUCCACAUGAGAACACACACUGGAGAGAAACCUUAUGAAUGUAAGGAAUGUGGGAAAGCCUUCCGUCAUUCUUCAUACUUCACUGUACAUGCACGAAUGCACACUGGUGAGAAACCAUUUGAAUGUUUUGAAUGUGGAAAAGCUUUCAGUUGUCCCUCAUCCUAUCGAAGACACGUGAGAAGCCACACUGGAGAGAAACCAUAUGAAUGUGAGGAAUGUGGAAAAGCCUUUGUUUGUUCUGCCUACUUUCGAAGACAUGUGAAAACUCACACUAGAGGAAAGGUAUGA